AUGGUCAACCAUUCGAUUUUCUCCGUGCAAGCCAUCUGCAUGCUCAUCCACUGCGGACACAACUAUGGCGAGUCAGACUUGAUUUCGACUUUGAUGGGUAGCGCCAUUCGCAUCGCACAGUCACUCGGGAUUCACCGCCUAGGAUCAGAUCAAACAGCAAAUACGAUUCAAUCAGCGGAACUAGGAAACGUGAAGAGACAGCUGAUUGAUCGCGAAGUAAGCAAGAGGGUAUGGUGGUUCCUCAUUCGCCAGGAUUGGCUUCAGAUACCAUUUAUAAACACCUACACUAUCCAUGCAACACAAUUCAAUACGCCCAAACCAAAGAAUUGUGUGGAUUCACGAAUAGAAAUUGGCAAAGAUGGCAUUGUGGAAUGCAGAAUCGAUACAUAUACUCAGGGCAGCUACACAGCGGUGCUGAACGAAAUUUCUGUUCUGCUCUGGAGAACUCAAGAUCGGUUGUGUCUCUUUGGACAUCCUGAUCGGGUACCUGAUGGCGAGCGCAGGCUCUACGAAGAAAUCAUCACAGCCGACACUGAGCUAAGGAAGAUCAUCAACCGCAUGCCUAUUUUCUUCCGCGAACAAAGAAUUCAAGAUAAGACCCUCCCUGUACAUGUUCUGCAACAAAGGGAGGUAACACAGCUUUCAUUAUCGCACAAACUCCGCAUAUUUUGA